GUCCUGUUAUCGUGAGCCAAUACAUUCGGGAUCUACAAGCUCCUAUACUUACACAUGCGUGGACCGCAGGCGGAUCUCGAGCUCCUCUAGUCUACUCCGAAUCCCGGGUACUGAGCUUACCUUUUGAUACCCGCUUCAUAUUCUUAUAUCAUCCCUCCACUCCUACUCUUACGCCGCCGGCCCGCGUUUCUCUUCUCAUCAAACGAACCUAUCAUCCUCUGUCCUCGCUCGAGCUACUUUUUUGUCCAGGGUCUCAAUUUAGCGUGACGUAUCUUUGCCUCGUCUCUUCAACCUUUGAUACCCAAACUCGUUCCAUCUUUCAAAAUGUCCGCCGAUAACACAUUCCACUACGCCUUGAGCUCCAACAAUGCUUGGGCUGGUUACAAGGCCCAUCAGAAUCCCCAAUUCUUCCCCAAGCUUGCUGGCGGCCAGUCUCCGGAAAUCCUCUGGAUCGGUUGCUCCGACUCUCGCUGCCCCGAGACCACUAUUCUGGGCAUGCAACCCGGUGAUGUCUUUGUCCACCGCAACAUUGCCAACAUCAUCUCCCCCACCGACAUCAACACUACGGCUGUGAUCGAGUACGCCGUCGCCAAUCUCAAGGUCAAGCACGUUGUUCUCUGUGGCCACUCAGCCUGCGGUGGUGCGGCCGCCGCCCUUUCCGACGUCCGGGUGGGUGGCGUUCUCGAUACCUGGCUGCUCCCUCUCAAGACGGUCCGCUUCAACCACGCCGAAGAGCUCGAGGCCAUCACAGACGAAAAGGAGCGUAUCAUGCGCAUCGCCCAGCUCAACGUGGAGGCAGGCAUCAAGGUGCUCAUGAACAACGCCACGAUUCGGGAAGCCAUUGCGGAGCGUGGGCUCGAGGUCCAUGGUGUGUUCUUUGAUAUCAGCUGCGGACGCAUCAAGGAGCUCGGGUGCGGCACGGCUCACGCGGGAAAGGGCGACCAUGUUGUUAGGGGCAAGCAUGGUCAGCUUGUGUUUGGACAGGAUGGCGAGGCUGCGAUUGCUGCUGCGCAGUAAAGUACACCAAACUCAACAAGAACAUGGAAGCACAUGGUUGAGGUUCAUGUUAAGAUUGCGGGGAAAGAUUUACACUACACUAGCGAGUUCGCCAACGGGCGACCAAGAGACGGGUUGCAAUGGUGUAACGGUGCCUUUUCUGGGGGUUUGGCUUGGUAGACUUGGCAGGUCGCGCGGGAUGUCAUGGCGAUCUAUCGGGUGUUGAGCAAGCCGGGCAAAGGGCAUUGACAUGUUCGGCAACGAGAUGUUUUGCAUUUUUGGGUCAUUUGGGCAUGGAUUAUCAUGCUGUUGGAGAAAUUACAUGGAUGGAGGGACUCGGAAGAAGGCUGGAGCAGCAGCAAGCAGCACAAGAUCCUGACAGUCCGUGCUUUUCUCAUUAUGGUUUACAUCCUUAUCACGGAUUUUUCUACGGAGGAGCAUGUCAUUGCAUGGAGUUGAGAGUUGAGUUGGUUUUUUGGGAUAUACAGAAUACAUGAUUCAUAUUUA